GAUUCACAAACCUUAUUUGUUCUCACUACUUUGAGCGCCAUCUUGUUUGUAAGUGUCCUACGUAAGUGGUAGAGUUUCUACAGAGGGGGUAUCCGAUUACCCUUUUUUUUCUAAGCGCUAUACUGGGAAACCUGUCCCUGUAGUACUCAGGCGCCGCAGCGUUUGCUUCAGACGCCUGUCUUUUUUGAGUGAAAAUAAACCACAGCCUUUUGAAAUUGGAAUAGAAAUGAGCAUCGAAACGCUUCUGGAAGCAGCCAAGUUUUUGGAAUUGCAAGCCCAGCAACAACAGAAAGCACGUGGUAAGUUGGUGUUAAAUCAAAUUAUUUAGUGAGUGUUUGACCGUGUUGGUGAUUAUAAAUUACAUACUUAACAAUUAAGUGAGGUGUGGUGUUGUAGUAUUUUACCGGAUGCUUGUUUGACGCAUUUUUCGGCGUCAUUCCUGGUUAAAAACAGUAAAAAAAAAAUUACCGGUGUGUUGGUUUCAAUUUGUCCACAAAGUUGUUAGGCGGUUGUCAGUCACUGAGAAUAUGACUAUUACUUUCAGAUUCGUUCUGAUGUGCAGUCGCAUUGCAGGAAUGUGAGCGUUUCUUGUUUUAUUUGUGGACCUAAAUCACAGUAGCUGAUAAACAGGGCGCUGCAGUAUCAGGGGGUGACUGCAUUGAAACCUGCUGCAGACACACUCACUUGUUAAAGACGUGGAAAGCAUCCUCUCAGAGUUUAUAGAUCUAAUCUGUUUCUGUUUUCAUAUUAAAGUUUAUUCAUGAACAAAAGCAUGCACUGUUAUUAAAAAUUAAGAGAGGAAAAACUACAUCAUUGGAGGGGGGGUAAAGGGCGGUGGCGCAGGGAAUGCCGAGCUCGUUUUACAUAAUGACCCUACAUUGUCCGUGGGGGAUCCGUUUUCAGGUCUCCCCUCAUGUUAACCGUGUUUCUACGUGGAUCUUCUCCCCCCUCUUUUCACGGUACUCAGUGUGCCACAGAACAGCGUGUUCCUGCGUGUUAAUGUCGUUUUUGUUUGGGUCUUAAAAAAUAACUCCCUUGCCCCCAUCAGACGCUCGUGGAGAGCUUUGAAUGUCUGUCGAUGACGUGUAACCAACCGACCACGCCUCCGUUUCUUAGCAGCGGAGGGGGGGAGGAUGGUCCCGCCCCUUUCACCACGUGCAUGCAGGGCAACCCCUCCCAGAGAUUGUUUAUGACGAAGAUGAGUCACUACUGCAUGGAGCCCGCAGAAUUUAAUGAGUGGGAUACAUUUUCCGCGUUUUUGAGCAAUUUUUACCGAAAUUUAGUGUAAUUUCUGUUGCUCUAUUUUAUCAUUACUAGUAUUAUCAGUAUUACCUGUCAUUAAUUUACUAUGAUUGUUCAUAUUGCCUUUUAUAUUUACUAUCAACCCCUCUUUAAAUUGCAUUUUCCAUUUUUCAUAACUAUUUUAUGGUUUUAUUUUGGUCCUCAUGGUCUUAUUUUAUGUUGUAUAGUUCUUGUAUUGUUUGGGUUCCUUAUGACAAGAAAAUGGCCUUCAAUUCUGUUUUAACUGAGAUUAACCUUAUGAAUCCUCAAAAGGGAAAUUCAAUAAGUAAAAUAAAUGAUAAAUUCAAUAAUUAUCUGUCUUUUUCCAUGUGCUCUAUGCAGUGUUGUUUUCGUUGAUGAAAAUAUUUCGUUAACGCCCCUUUUUUACCAUGGAGAAGACGUGAUGUUGACGAGCUAAAUAUAAGUCUUAGAUGACUAAAAUAUGAUGAGACGAAUGUGACGAGACAAAAGUGUGUUUACGUUGACGAGACGAGACUGGACGAAAACGUUAGUGGUGGAUGACGAAGAGUUGCAAAAUUCAUGAGCAUUUUGUCAGUCAAACACUAAACACAUAUUCUGCAGUGUUGUUUUCGUUGACGUUGACGAAAUAUUUUUCGCCGACCUCCUCGCUGGGUGAAGCCACUCCAAGAACAGCACCCUCUGUUGACGGGCUGCAGUAUAGGUCAUACAUCCCGACUCCUCCAGCAAAGCUUAUGGGGCUGUGGACAAACUUUAGAAAUUUAUAACACAGAACAUAAAUUUUUCUCCCCCCUGCUUGCGAUGUUGACAUGUAGUUACAGUAAGACUGGUUUGUGUUCAACUCCUCUUUUUUCUAAGAAGCUCAGUUUUUAAAAGUUAUUAGGGGGGUUCAUGUUGCUAUGAUUGACACCUGAUACAGCCUAUUGGUGUUCAGGAAUUGCGUAGCUCAUCAGGGGGAUACACUGUUUGAGCCGAGCGUCAUCACAGUGAAUCUCCUGCCGAAUGCGCACAACACUACUGCGCAGCGCGGGUUUCAGGAAAUGAAGAAAAAUCCCGUAAAUACUAGGAGCUUUUUAGCUUCAAAUCCAUAUACAGACAGGAGGCGGAACCAAGCUGUCCAUAGUAUAUACAGUCUACGGGUAACAGUCAGAAUGGAUUUUUUUUUUUACUUUUUAAAAACUUUUUUUUGUUUUUUGUCCCUUUUCUGUAACUUUUCUUUCUUUUUGACAAGGAGAAGGUAAACAGGGAAGUAGCCUGGGCAAAAAGAAUACACACAUAGCUUCUAACAGAGGGCAACUACAUAGACACGUGCAAGCGAGUCCGUAUAUGAAGCACUUGCAUCGUCCAGUACAUUCCUUGGUGCACCCAUGUUUAAAGAUUGUGUCCAUGCUAGUAAGUCAUACUGAAACCAGACUGUGGAGAUAAUUUUGUAGCUACACAUUAACCGUCCAUAUUUUAAGUUAUCAUAUGUGCUUACUGGGCUUGUACACGUACCACCCGUAAUUGUACAGACCCUGAAGUAAGCUUUUGUUCCCAACCUUUACCAGAGUGAGAGCUCCUGCUCCUCUCCUCUUUCAGUUCCUCGUGCUCUGCUGCAUUGAAAGAGCAGAGUCCUCCCCCGCCUCCCUCCUCCCCUUCCUUACUGCUACUGUAGAGCAGGUCACUGUGUGCAGAAAGUAGGCCAGUGUUUUUGUGUGCUGCUGCAGUUAUAUAAUGUCUAUAGAAAACCCUCUGUUUUUGGCAGGUAUUUCGUAGGUUUUGACUCUGUAACAUACUCUGUUUAACGUGUCGGCACCACAAUGAGAAAUUAUCGAUCUCAUUAGAAGGCAUUCAACAUCUUAGCAAAGCUGCAAAUCACAGCUGCCAGAACAUCUUGUUCUUUUCUUCUUGUUUUCACUUUGAGGCAUCGCAAAUAAAUGCGGCAAAAAGUACAACAUGUGAACAUUGGAUGUGACACUAUUUACCUCUUCUUACGCCAUUCAGACCUGAAGUGUUUUGUUCCUCUUUAACAUGAGUUUGACAAGUUCUUUGAGUGCAUGUGGAUACGCAAAACUAUUGCUAAUAAGCUCCUGUUAAAUACAAAUUGGUAGAAUAGUAUUUGUGGGGGCUUGGAUAUUUUAUGACAACUUUUGAAUUUUGAAUUCAAAACUUUAGUGUGAUAUAGGAGGGGAAUUGUGUCAUAUUCAACAUGUAGAAAAGUUCAUUGAUGCACCGUAACUCAAGUGACGGAUAAAACUGCUUACUUCAACAAAGGUUCUUGUGUCUUUGGCGGUUCAUUAUGCAACUGGAUAAAACAAGAACAUUAAGUUUUUGUUGAAAUUAUAUAAAAGGGUCGAUUCAACUUGAUGGUAAUAUUUAUCUAUGUAUGUACUGGAGGCUGUAGUUUUUGUGGUUAAACUGUGUUAUGUUAUACCUUUAUGUCAUCAUUUCUAUCAAUCCUGAAAUACUGAAGAACCUGUUGUUUUAGUGUGCAUGUUCUCUGUAGGCUAUAACCCUUUACAGUGAUAGAAGAGCAUUUUUAGUUGUUGAACUCUGAACUCUGAACUCUGUGUCAUACACAUGCCUUUAUUUUGAAAAACAGUUUGUUCAGCUCUUGCUGUUUUUAACUGGGCUAUACAAAUGCAGCUGACCUGACACAGACACAUAAACAGUAUACUGUGCUGCAGUGACUCUGGUCCACUUCAUAAUGAAAAUAAAGACUAACUCUGGGCAUCACUGCUGCCAUAGCAACCAGGCAGCAUCCAUACUUUAUAAGAGGAUUAGUCUGGGUGUAAAUAUCUAAUACAAUUCAGCUGAUUAAGAUCCUUUAUUUGAAUUGUCUUGACACAUACUGUGGUUCUUGACGCUGCAGUGUGGAAAUGAGUCAAAGGGAGACCUCAAGAGUGACGUCCAAUACAUACACAUCACUUAUAAGUGAGAUUUGGUAUUGUAGAUAAUUUUAAAGACUUCAUCUAUUUCUCAAACAAAACCCGAUCAGUGGACAUUGUGUAAGGUGUAUCUACAGCACGCAAACAGAAAAGCACAGAAACAAGACUACACACCUGGAUGGAUUUAUCAAUUUACAUUCUGGUAACUGUUAUGGUCAGAAAGAGAUCAGAUGUAAAUUAAUUUUCCUGAUCUCUUAAUUAACUUGGCCUUUCUGCUGUGAGAAGCUGAUAUUGAGGCUUUAAACCUUGACGUCAUUAUUUUCUUCCCGGCUUUCUUUACUUUAUUUUGCCGUUUUUCCAAAUCAAAGAAAGAAAGAGCAUCUGAAUGAAUGUGGCCGGCUGUAGGAACCAUUAACUACACAGUCCAGGUAUCCCAAAUCAUAACUCUUAUCGUUAUAAAUCUUAUUAGUUUUUCCUUUUUUUGGUGGUAAAUGCCAAAAGAAGAGUUAUUUUUUACCUUUCACAGGCCCACGCUGUUGUUAGGAUCAAAGUCAGGCUUUUGUCAAUGACUGUUUUGUACUUCACCAAACAAUAAGGGUAUUGUGGUUUUUGUUUGAUAGUACCCAGAGUGUUUAGAGAGGGAAAAUCUAUUUUUGUUUUAAUCUGCCUUAUUUCUUUGACAGAGGAUGAACUGAAGGAGAAGCAGCGUCUGGAGCAGCUGGCAGAGCAGAAGUUCUCUGAUGUGAAGUAUAACGCAACAAUCCACAACAACAAUGUUUCCAAAGCAGAGGAGCGCCGCAUCGAGUGCCGCCAGGCGCCCAUACUUCCUUCUCUGCCUCCCCCCUCCAUGCCUAUUACAGUCAUCCCCAUCCCCGUGGUCACCCCCAACCCCACGGGAUCGCCCACCCUGCCCGUCGCCACGCUCUCCCCUCCCGCUGCUCCGCUGCCUGCUGCCACACUUCCGCGCUCUCCACAACCCAAAUCCGAGCCCUCUGUACUGACCACCAACCACAAGCCGCUGAUACAGAACCACCACCAUCAGCCGCAGAUCAUCACCCCGACCGACACUAAACCGCAGCUGGUGCAACGCUGCCUGGGCCCAAUCGUCUCGCCCCCGCAGCAGCCCACCCUACUCCCCCAUCCGAGCCCUGUGCUCCAGCAGGUUCCACUACAGAAUGGUCCCAUCAGCCGGGGGAGUCCCCCUGACGACAGCCGCCAGCUGGACAAGAAGAGGCCAGGAGGGUGAGUCUGAACCCACUUAUACUUGAGAUAUUGCUGUAGAUUACCAUUGUCUUUGGGUUAUCUAUUCAUUUGAGUCAAAUUAUAUCAGUAAAAUGUCCAUAAGUAUGUUUGACUGUAGCCUCAAUGUUCCACUCAGAGUGUUAGUGUGGUUUGUAUCUCAGGAAAAACAUCCAAAUGUAACAUUUACGAGACUGUAAUGAUGAGGGCAUUUACCUUCUAAAAUCACUACUUUAAAUUGGACACAAACAACAACAGACUGUUGUCUCCAAAAAUGUCCACUAGAUAAAAAUGUCCACCAAUAAACUUUAUUUUUUUUUCGAGGUUGGUUUGAUCAGUUUUGUCACCUUGCCCUUUUUGACACUAAAUUCUUACUGUGCUCUCAUUUGUGCUCUUACAGGGCAGGCACAAGAGAGGUUCAUAACAAGCUUGAGAAAAACAGGUGGGUUCAGCCUAUCUGCUAUAGGACCUCCUAUAGAGAGAGACAUAAGAGAGAUGUGAGGAUAUACAUACUGUUACGUUUGAACUGUAGUUUACCAAUGACAUCAAGUAGUGUGUAUCUAUGGCCUCUGUUCCACAUGUUCAAGUUUACCCUGAAAUAAACAGAUGUCUUAUUUAGUUAAAAUUACAUGAUCUGUUUUUUUUUGUAUGAUGGAGGAUUAGGGCCACAUUAUGAGAGAAAAAAAAAGAUUUUGAGAGUAAAGUUGUGGUUUUAUGAGAUUAAAUCCUCCUUCAUGACAGUGGUAACAUUUAGGCUAAAAUAAAAAUUAAUUCCCAUGACAUGACUUCAAAUUUGUAACCUUAUAGAUCACCACUUCUUUCUCAAAAUCUCAAUACUUAAACAUAUUUUUUCCAUAAAGUGGCCCUAAUACUGCGUUGUUCUUUUUGGUUUUUUUUUGCCUAUAUAAGUAUUUAAAAAGGUUGUUGUGUAUUCACAGCGAUAAAGCCAUUUGUGUUGUCUAAAAGCCCUCCUCUGUGUGUUGUGUUGUAUCAGACGAGCACACUUAAAGGAGUGCUUUGAGACGUUGAAGAAGAACAUCCCCAACAUAGACGAGAAGAAGACGUCCAAUCUGUGUGUGCUGAGGAGUGCGCUGAGAUACAUUCAGGUGAGCCGCUGUGAACUGAGCUCUGCUCUUGACUCCAACUUGUGUGAACUCUGAGGAGGAUUUAAAAUGUCGACCGGUGUCCGACAGGGCGGUCAGCGGUACUCCUCUUUCUUUAGAUGAGUUUUCAGGCUGUAUGGAUUUGGAUUACUGCUUGUGUCAACCCUCACCUGACAGAGUUAUUAACAAAGUGUUUGUAGGAAGUACUGUGACAUUAUUGUUCGUUUACUGUAACCACGGCUCAACAAAGUUACAUAGAAAAUGACUCAUUAUUAGCAUUCUGCAAACUUGAGCGUGCACGCUUGUGAAUCUUGCUACGGCUUGUUUGUACAGAUAAAUUGGCAGCCAUGAUUACUACCCAACAAUACAGACUCCGUUCUUCCGGAGUCACGCUGCAACGUGAGCUCAGGUGUACUCAGAGAGGUAGAAAUAUGAAAAAGACUCGACUCUAGUAAGGGUUUACUUCUGAGGUAAAUAAAAACACAGUCACACAGAUUUUGGAUGACAUUUCUUUCUGUUCCUGUGAAUCUUCAGUCUUCUAAGAGGCUCCUUGAUUAGUAUUAGAUUGUGAACCGUGUCCACAAGUGCCUGACCGUUUGUUUGAGUCAGACGCUCACUGUGAGAGUGUUGUGGUUGUAAACAGCUGGUGCAAAGGUCCACCACUGGCCUAGUUUAACUUCUCAGACUGUGACUGUGCAUAUCAGAGGGGGUCAUGUUUCUCCCAUAGAUAGACACUCUUGGCUGGCAGCUUUAAACUUCAGAGGUUUCUCAUCGGUAACUUCACGUAUAUGUGUGUGUGUGUAUUUUGCUGACUGUUGUUAGAAUGUUAAUGAAACGAUCUGCUUUCCUGGCAGGACAGUUUUUGAUUUCGUGUCACUGCCUGACAAACAGUUUAACUGAGGCCAACAUGUGAAGUGUCACUCAUUUGGUUUGUGUUAUUUAGUAGUUGUUUAGUUUGGUAAUUGUUAAGAUCUCACACUCUUCGUCUACAGAGGAUGUUUUAUAAGUUUUAGCAUUUAGCUCUUCGCAGAGGACUGUGUGCGGCUGAUUCGACGCUCUGAGCAGCAGCAGUAUUGUUGUUCCUGUGUGCGCGUGGAUACUGAGGGAAACUAGGACAGCGUGGGUGCAGAGCUCGUCACCCAAUCUCCCUCCCUCUGCCCCCCCCUCUCUCUGUGUGAUUAAGCAACACGGUGUUCGACUGGCUGACUUAUCUGCCUCUCAACAGCUGAGCUAAACUAGAGAAGUAUCCAAAGCAAAUAGUCAGAUCCACCGUUCUGUCAAAACGUCAACUAUCAACCCUAAUUAAGCAACGCGAGACGCCAUGUGCCCUGUAGCUGUUUUCUCACUCUAGGUCAGAUGAGUUAAGCCGUUCCUGUAAGUUUACUCCUGCGUUCCUCUUUGUCUUAGAAAAGCUUCUUUCUUGGCCCCACUAGUUGUUUAGUUUUUAAAUGGGUGGAGUGAAACAGGGGAACCUAAGGUAAUAGGAAGCCUUAACAGUUCGAAAAAACACGUGCACACACUGUCAUCUUGACAUGGGUGGUACAGACGCGUGUCCUGCAUACACCUCUCCCCGAACGCUGCCUCCUCCCUCUCCUCCCCUCAGUCCUUGCCCGCCUCUGGGCUGGCAGCAGAGAGGCAGGCUGCACACAACAACCCUGAGCCCAUGAGAGGGUCAAAUAAGAGGCUUUAGGCUCAGCAUCACACUUUAUUUGAUUCAUCUCCGCUGCUAUCUCGUGUUCAUUUAGAAAUGAGUGCAGCUCAUUGUCGUCACAUUGUGGCUGGAUUUUCUAAAAAAUCAGCUCUCACAUCAAGUCUCAGAAAACAGCUCUGUGGUUCAAGUUCCUCUUCCUCAUUUCGGUUCAUUUUAGAAUGAGGCGUUUCACAUGCUCAGAAUCAAACAAUCGAGCAGCUUACUCUGCUCUCCCAGUUUCAUCUUUCUGUUAACAGAGCUGAACAUGGGUUCAGCUUUUAACUAAAAAUGUUGCAUAUUUUGUUUCCUAAGAAUCUCCCCUCAAGCCGUAAGUAUCGCUGUAAAAACUAAGGCUGUAAAAUAAGCCUCGGUGCAUCAGGGCUCCUCCUCUCAGCUCUCCCCACCCUCCCUCCCUCCAUCCUGCCUCUCUGAGCUUUUAAGGCCACAUGAGCAGCAAGCACAUGGCUAGCCUGAGCCGCGUGACGUCACCCCCCGUGCUGGGCCUCCGCCCAGCACUGCAACAGGCAGGACUCGCUGUACCACCAGGCUUAGCUGCCAGCAGCAGGGAGGGAACAUGGAGCUGUAAACACAAGGCUCGGUUUACUCCUCUUGUGCUUCAUUUCCUCCUCAAAUCCAACUGAACUUGUUCCUCCACUGCCGAUGCCCCCGUGCCCAUCUGAAACUUGUGCCAUUGAGUGGGGAAUGAGUCAGAUUUAGAGGUCAAGGAAAGAGGAUUUAUGACUUCAUUAAUUGUCAAAAAAAAGUCAUAUUUCUCGGUUGUAAUGCUUUUGAAAUUUUUUUACUGAUGUACUGAUUCAUUCAGCCUUAAAGAUAAAAGAUGUUAAAGAUUUUCAGUUUUUGUUGACACAGAGUUCUCCUCUCAAAUCUUUCGAGGUUUAUUUAGGUCUUUAGUUAUUCUCUGUACAAUCUUAGAGCCACUUUCGUCUUCCGGUUUCAUACAUAUCUGCAUAAAGCUGAAUAAUCAGCUCGUACCUUGCCACAGUGAGGUAAUUAGGUCAGCUAUGACCAGCUCACAGAAACGGUGUAAAAAAAGGCGGAUAUAUUUCCACAAAGACAAACCUUUUAUUGUUGAAGUCAGGUACCACGUGAGGUUCACAGUUCCAGCUCGAAGGCACUCUAAGACAAGGGUUUAUGGUUACCACACUGUCACAAGACCUUUUUUUGAAGAGGGCUGAUCAGUUAGCCAGGGCGAGCAGCGUGUCUGCAACGUGGCCUCCUGUGCUCCUGGCCCUUUAAGAAACCCAGCCUUGUGCCGUCUGCUGCAGAAGUGAGUCAGUGAGUACAGCUUGUAUUGCUCUCUUUCAAUCCCCUGCUAUCUGCUGCUCCCCCCUCCUCCCUCCCUCCUCUCCCGUUGUCUGUGGGGCCAUGUGCUCAACACUCGCAUUGCUUGUGACAGUGCUUGAGCCGUGUUUACCUUCUACACGCUCGCACACACACACAUGCUAUGCAGCCAAGCCUUGUACUGUUCUAGAUUCUCACAUGCAAGCAAGGUCCAGGUGGGGUCAUGCGUAGAAAAAAAACAAAAGGCACUCGGCACCUUGUGUCCUAUCGACCCGCUGACAUGAUUAACAGUCUGAUGAAGUCAUGCGGGAUACAACUGCGAUGUUCUCCACAGUCAGGUUUUACCUGUUUAAUCUCAGACUAGCUAUUUGCAAAGAGACAAGCUCCAUCCUCCAUUAGAGUUCAGUGGGUCUGUGUGUUUGUGGAGCAUUUUCCAUCCUCAUGAGUCAUAGUUUGUGGCAUGCACAGUUGUGGCGCCACUCACGUAAGGCCUCUGGCUUCAAAAUGAGGGGAAAGCAGAGGCAGCCAUUUCACUCCACGAAUCACAUAUUUUGAACCUUUUUUUAUUCUUUUUACAUCUGACAAUCCUGUUAGGUUAGGUGAGCGGAGAGACAGUGUGGAUGUGUGUGAGAGAGAGAGAGAGGGUGAAUCAAUCCUCCAUACAUGUGGAAAAUGUGUCUCAUAAUUACUCCAAGAUUGAGUUUUCACGCAGUCUUCGCACGCUGAAAUACUGACAGAGAAAACGAGAUGGAACAUAAAGGCAACAUUAAGGAGUGCGUGGUCUUUUGGGUCACAGGAAAAAAAAAAACCUUGAAAAGGUUUUCAGCUGUUUCUAUGACAACCAAAGACUGGGGCAUUUCAGUACAUCAUACAAGGAGACUGAGGAUGAUGUUAGCAUAUUCAGACUGAAGAACAAAGAUCAACAGUAUUUCUGGUCUGGCAGUGAGAGGCUAACAAUGGUUGAUGUUACAGAUCUGUGUUCAGACAUGAGUCCAUGGUAAAUACAUGUUUUCAUUUUUUAGUAACACACCCAUUAACCCAAAAUGGAAGUGCAUGUCCACUCCAUUAUUUCCAAUGCUCCUGGGGGCUGUUCAAACACAACAACUUCUUUGUUGGUGUCCUUGUUGUUUUUCAGAAGCACUUAACCACAGUUUGGGGAUUUCUGUUCCUUUUUCAUCUUUGACAAGACAGUGGAAAUGAUAAUUUUACUGUUGGUCUGUGUUUGGAAACAGGUAUUUUAAACAAAUCUGUUCUGAUUGAUCUGCCAGACUGAAAGUAGCUCUCGGAUAUAGACAGCAGCACGAGACUGUAUUUGUUUGCAUGCGGGCUGAUAAGAAACAAAAUUUGCAAUCCUCAAGGUUAGGGAAAGAGCCGGAGUGAUGGGACUUUUUUAGAGACUGAUUAGAGCAUUGAUAGAGACUAUGUUAAACAAUUUUCUGAGUUAUAACCUUUGAAAUAGACCUUUGCUAUGUGGAUGGGCCCUGUAUGCACACAAACUCUGGCACUGCUGUCCUAAACAAAUAUCUUCAUUAAGGAUAAUUAUACAGAGUCUUAUGUUUUAUACCCUGAUAGAAAUGUAUCUGUGAUAGACCCAUAUUAUGUUCAUAUCAUGAGUCAGCUAAUAAUGAUGUGUGUCUCAAAAAAUAGUCUGAUAGUCUUUUUUCCUGGACUUUUAUUCAAGACAGUAAACCGUCAUUUGUUUAUAUAUUUGUGACAUGUAAAAAGACAUAUUUUCACUCUUUUUUUUUUUCUGUUAGCUUGCUUUAAAAGAGACUCAUCUGUAUUUUGGGUUAGGUGUGUCUUAUAUUUGACAAAACUCCAUGGAUUCUCUAAGGUCAGCCCAGGUUAGUUAGCUGGCCAGUCAAACAAACAGUAAACCAUUUCGUAGCAGUUUUGGCGCUGUCUAAGCACUGAGAGGAUGAAUGAACAUAGUUGUAAGGAGUUUGAUUUAUCCAUAUAGUCCUUCUUUAAAAUAUUCUUAAAAUUUGAGAUACUGGAUUUCCAAUUUUCAUGGAUCACAUAAUCAUUAAAAUUAACACAAGAAAAGGUUUGAAAUAUCCCCUUUUUAUAUGCAGUGAAUAUGUAAAUAUAUGAGAGUUUCCCUUUUCCUAGAGUAUGUAGUAUUUAGAAAUGUAGUAAUAUUCAAAAGUAUGUUUACAUGAGGGAUGAUUCAUGGUUUUCAAAAAGUGACAUAGUCAGUUAUAAACAAAGGAAGAGUAAAUGGGAACAUUAUCGUGUCUUAAAUCUACAUUCUUCUACAGUUCUUGUUGUGAUGCAGUACUUCUGAUGGUGGCUGUAGUGCAUAUGAAAGCUGUUGUUUCAGUGAAAAAUCACCUGACUAUAAUAAUUGUUUUGUUUUUGAGUCAGUCGGAGCGUCAUUUCCAUCAGUGGCCAGUUUCAUUUCACCCACAAGAGACGAGAGGCAAACAACAAUGAGUUUCAAUCAAGACACUGUCUUCUUGAUACCACUAGAUAUUUCCAUUUCUACAGAAUUAACUCGUGUAUUAAGAGAAAAACACACUUUUUCAUAACAUUCAUGUACCUGCAGUAUUCUUCAGUAUGACAGCCAGAUUAAAGGCUAAUUUCAAUGGAUUGAAUCGGACUGAACAAUGAUGUUUCUUUUCAUUUCCAAAUUCAUACAUGAGCAGGAUUUCCUCCAAGUGUGUAUUUAUAGUUUGUAUUUGUGCUUUGUAUUUGUGUGUGUGUGUGUUUGUGAGGGAACAGAAAUCAACCCUGAGUGGGAUGGAGUCCAAGCGCAGACUGCUUGGCCCGUGCGUUUCUAAUCCUGGAUAAGGACUAGAGACAGGUGCCCAAUUACACAAGGCCCGCCUUCUGUCCCCCUUUGCUAUUUAUGAACAUGUUUGUACUGUAGUUGUACAUGCACAGAUCAUACAAAGAUCUUAACACACCUAAUGUCCAAGCCUCUUAAUUUACACACAAGAUGACAUCCACUUUGUAAAUUACACUCCCACACUGACAGGAAGUCCACAUGUACUUUAAACUCACACACAGCCACACACAGAUACCUCUCAUGCAAGCCAAAACACGGUGGUAUGAGCUCUAACAGGAAGUCCACUCUUUAUAAUACUGAGUCAUGUUGCUGGUUAUGGAUUUCACAGUGUCAUUUCCCUAAAGCCUCUCCCACAGAGCUACAGUCUACGUUUGAUAGUUUGCCCAAGAUGAACUUUAAAUGUUUUUAACUGCUAAUGUACACAAUUUUAAAACUUUAAUCCCUACCAGCCUAACUUCACCUGAUCUCUACUGCCAAAUUUCGUUUUCGUUUAUUGUAAGUAUUAGUAAUAAUUUCUCCUUGUUGAAGUCAAUAAAUCCUUCGCAUAUUUAUUAAAGUUUUCAAACACUUUAAAACUUUCCUCCUGUUGCUCAGCUCAGUUUGUUUGGUUUCGCCUCAUGUCAGCUGACAGGGUUAAGGGAAAUUAGGUCACAGAGAGCUGCUGCCUGGAAGCACCUCCUACUUUCCGUAGUCGUCUCCUCCACCUCCUCCUUCCCUCCUGCUCCGUGGCUCCGUUAUUUUGUUCCCUGCACACAGGCUCUGGUCGCAGGUUUAUUUAUAAAUCCUUAUUUGUUGGACCCUUUCCAUUUUAAUCAGCAGCAGAGACACAGUCAUUAAUACAGGUUUUCUACUGUCAUUUGUUUCUAUAGUAGGCGGUUCAUAGUUUCUCUGCAAGGCAGGAAUCCACUGAUUCCUAAUGAAGACUCAAUCAACUCAACCAACACACAAACCUAACAAUCUGAUCCUGUUAGCGGUCGACUGAAGCUUGAUGUCAUUGACAUAACUUGUUCGCGUGAGGAAGUUGAUGCAGUGUUGUCCUAGAGGGAACAACAGAGAGUUUAAGAAAGCUUUUUUUGUAAUCUUGAAUGGUGGCAAGACGUGUUCAGACAGUUUUGAUUAAACAGGGUUCCUACGCAAGUAUGGAAGUAAUUUGAUCAAUGUCCAGGUCUGCAAAAGUAUGGUAAAUAAAAAAUAAAGUAUGGAAAGUAUUAAAGUUUCCAGACUAUUACCACAUUAGAAAAAAAUGCUGUUUUCUAAAAUAGAAAAGUAGGUAUUUCCAAAAAUAACUCUAAAAGGAGGGUAUGGAAAAGUAUAGAAAUUAAAGUCACUCAAAGUGCUUGUUUAUGUAAGAUUAGGCAGCCGCUCUGUGAGGAACCAAAUAAAUAUGUUUGAUGCACUUCCUUGGAUUCAUGGUGACACUGCCUAGUUUUGAAUCUGUGUAAACAAAGAUGGGGAACUUGUUUCAACACAGCUACUGGAGAGUUUUGCAGCAGUUCAUCUUUCCAUCAGAAGCAGAGCAGAUGGUCACACCGAGCCAAAUAAAAACACAACAGCACAUAUUAGCUUUCCUUCAUAUGUCUUAUUUUGCCUCUAAAGAUCCUUGAAAUCUGCCUGACCUACCACAACCAAGGAAAUGUAUAUACCAAAAUUAAACACAUACAUGCACACAAAGAAACAGACUAAGACCUUUUACAUGAGCAUCAACAAUAAACUCUUUUCCCAUCUCCUUUCAGACUCUGAAGCGGAAAGAGAAGGAGUACGAGCACGACAUGGAGCGACUGGCCAGAGAGAAGAUCGCCACACAGCAGCGACUGGCAGAGCUGAAGAAUGACCUGAGCCAGUGGAUGGAUGUGAUUGAGAUCGAGCGAGUGCUCCGACAGACUGUCCAGCCUGAGGAGGACCAGGCUUCAACCUCUACCGCCUCAGGUGAGACUGGAGGCCUAAAGGUUCUGAUGUGCAAAAUGUGUUUACACCCACGACAUCAUACCACUAGAUUUAUUUACAGCAAUAGAACAAACAAGUAAGGGAUGGAUAAUGCAAAUUAGUAUCACAGCAGGUAACCAGCCUCAGACAGAAACUAAUAUUUUUACCACCAGUGUAACCAACAGGUUUCAACAGGUUGCCAGUUACGCAGAUUAUUUGAUAUGAUGUCUCUGAUAAGGUUGUUCCUGGUGUUAGUUUUUCUAUUGAAAGUCAAUCAGCAAAUCAGAAUCAAGUAUUUAACACAGUCAGAAAGCUCAUGUAGAGAUCUCCUGUAUUAACUGUGAGUAAAUUCUCUGUCACAGAAGGUGAAGACAUCAUGGAUGAAGACCUUGAAGAUGAGACUCCACCGAGAGCACAGACUGCCUUAUCCAAUGUGCCUCAACAUCCGAAACCGGAGCUACACAAGACUGCAGCCCCCCCUCAGACCCUGACCCUAGCGCCCGCAACCACGACCACUACCUCCUUCAUCACCCAACACAUCUCCAUCCCACAUAAAGCCCCGCUGCACCAACCCGUGCUCCAGCCGCUACCUGUGACUCUUCCACAGCCGGUGUCCAAGCCUGUCGCUCCUCCGACGCCCACAGCUACAACAUCAAGCAACCCCACCACUUCCACUCAACCCCUCAUCCCCAACCAGACUCAGGUGGUGACCAUGCCGAGCAUCCACCCGACAGUGAUAGCCCACGCCUCAGUGUCCCAUCCCUCGGUCAUCCAGGCAGUCAAUCAUGUCAUCCAGGGAGGGGGUCACAAACAUAUCACUCACCUGGCUCCCUCCACCACUAACAGCCCUGUGCAAUUAGCCCCCACUCACCAGCCCAUCGGCCACAUCACCGUGCACCCAGUGGCUCAUCUUAGCCAGCAGCUACCUGCCCUCUACCCACAGUCAGUGGCUGUCACACAACCUGCUGUGGUUGGUCACAUUACCCACACUCUGAACCACACCCACCCGCAGGUGAACGGCACAGCACCGAGCCCAACAACAACAGCUAUCGUUGGCAAACAGACCCAGUUGGUGACCCACCACCCGCAGCUGGUGGGCCAGACAAUGCUCAACCCUGUAACAAUGGUAACCAUGCCUUCAUUUCCCAUCAGCACCCUUAAACUUGCCUGAAAAUCCCCUUGGAGGCAAACUAGGCUGGAAGGAGAGACGCCCUGCAAUAGGGCUGAACCUUGGUUCUCAGACGAGGCCACAGAGAGUGGGCAGGAGAGCCACAGGGCACCUGGCUGAUCAGAAACAGAUUUACUACCAUGCUCAGACAAUAGAGCUGAUAUAAAGGCGAGAAUAAGACAAAACUCGGCCCUCUCUCAGUAAUAGUCCUUGACAGCAUUCAGAAAUAUUGCUCAAAUUUAAGAUAUGCCAGGCGGCUGCAUGCGGGUAAUAAUCUUCAUGUUCAGUGUGUUACUCUACACACAGAGCAUAUAUCACUGUGAGUGUUGUGGAUUAAUCAGCAGUACAUCAUGUACUCCAGGAGCUCCACUGGGUUGUGAGGGUUGUUACAGUGUAGAUUCAGAGUGUUUGACCCGCCAUAACCAGCAGCACAUUGGCAAUGUGAUUUAGGGGAGUUCCUCCCCCUCAGACGAGGCACAUGCUGCAGGGUUCGAGCAAAAUCCCGGACUGACCUUAAACUCCCUAUCUGGAGCUGCAUACAACGUUAGCUCCUCCUGCUGGCUGCUCUGUUCAGUGUAAUGCAAAAAGCCCUCUAACUGUAAGAAAAAUCCGAGGCUGAUGAAGAUAUUGAUCAGACACUUUGAAGCAGGCAAAACUGUCUGGGUUUUCAGAGUAGAACUUAAAUGAACCUAGAUAUUGUCUUGUCUUUAGUAAUUCCCCCUCAGGUGUAGGCCGUGCACUACUACGAGUUCAGCUGUUUUUAGUCGCAGCUCCAAACGUAUUUUUCAAAUCAUUUUUGACAGAUGGAAUCAUGUUUGUACAUCGACAUGCUCUCUAAACACUCAGACAUAGUCUGACAAAACAAUUCAAUACACUUAGACACUGAUUGAGAUGAAAUCUUGAUUGUGAUUGCAUAAAAAGGUCCUUAAAAGUUGUUAUUCAAGUAUCGAGUAUUUUUUCCCCUAAGACACAGUUUCUUCAAAGCUAGCACUGUAAACAUUUCAGUUAGCGUCACUGAGCAGCAACUCUGCAGUUAAGCGUAGUACAUGCUCUAACAGCAACACGUUGCGCUCGCUCUCCUAAUGUAAUCUGAAUGUACUGACCUGUGAAAGGAUACGGAGUAGCACACCCAUCAGAUGUUAAAGCCCUUUUGCUAUUACUUUAUUAAAGUAUUAUGUGUAUGUUAGGUGUAACCUGUAAAGAUGAUUUUGUGUUUUUAAGAUUAUCUGUUGCUUGUUUCAUGUUCGGAAUAACUUCUCCUCAGUCCAAUUUUGAUAAUCUGUUCAGAUUUUUAUUCCCUGGGACCAUGUACAGUGCUGUAUCAGGAUGUCACAACGACACAGACCUCUUUCCGCUCUGAUUUAAAUGAAGCCUUUUCAGAAAAUAUGAACUCAAAUGUAUGUCUGUCAUUUUGAUUCAAUUUGAAAACAGCACACACUCUGAGUAAAAAAGAAGUAAAACAAAGGCCAAUCCUUGUAACAGUGCGAUAAUUUGUGAAUAAUCCUGAAGAAUGUUGUUUUAAGAUCAUAUAGUGAUGAAAAAAGUGUGAAAACUAACAGGGGUUCAGAUACUUGAAAAAGCAACAAUAUACUCUUGUUUUCCCUAUGGAGAAAGUUUAAGUUGUAUAUAGCCUGUAAAUGUUGGGCUGCAUUUAGAUCUAUCUGUAUUAUGUUUAAAGCUUGGGAAAUUAUGUAAAAUGAAAACUUUAUAAAAAAAAAGAUACUUAAUAAAUUGUACUUUAUAUUAAAAAUGCCUGCUUUUA